GGUAGUUGAGCCCGCGUGUCAGUAGGCAGCCUGUGUGUGUGGUACUGUGAGUGCUGGAGAAACUAGGCAAAGCGAUUUCGAGCGGCUGGCACGUACGGGGCAAACUUUUCACAAUCAGACAUUUUUAAACAAACACGCAAAUAGGGAUUGGGAGAGUUUACCAACAACAGGAAUACUGCGAGAACCCAGUCUUAACUGUGGAAAUCAUUCUCGAAGCGAUUGUAGGCGCUGCUUUUCUAUGGUUGGGAUUGAUUCCCAACCAGCGCCAAAUACUGCUCGUUUAAGGUCACGAGUGGAGGACUUCGACAUUUCCUCGGUGCAAGGAAUUAUUGCUGUUGUUACAUUGGCGGAAAACGAUUUUAUGGAGACUGAAGAACAAGCGCAGCUGAAUGCUUGACUCUUAAGUAGAUAAUGAGCCAACGCGCUGUUUUUUUGUCUUGCUCCUCGGCUGUGUGAAGGAUAAAGGGGUUAAAUCGGGUAUAAGAAGCGCGUGGAUCGGGUGGACGGACUGGGCUUUGUGUGUCCGAGAGCGCUGGGAGGGGUGACCGACGGGCUCUCGCUCAUCUACUCGGAUUACUGAAGAGCGCCACAACCCCUGGAUCUUCACUUCAGAAAGGAUACAUUCAAGAUGUAUCCGCAGGGCCGGCAUCCGGCACCUCACCAGCCUGGUCAGCCAGGCUUCAAAUUCACUGUAGCAGAAUCUUGUGACAGGAUCAAAGAUGAAUUCCAGUUCCUUCAAGCUCAAUACCACAGUCUUAAAGUGGAGUUUGACAAACUGGCCAACGAGAAGACAGAGAUGCAGCGACAUUAUGUCAUGUAUUAUGAGAUGUCCUAUGGGCUGAACAUUGAAAUGCAUAAACAGACUGAGAUUGCCAAACGUCUAAAUGCAAUUCUUGCCCAAAUAAUGCCUUUUUUGUCACAAGAGCACCAACAGCAGGUUGCGCAGGCUGUUGAACGUGCUAAGCAAGUGACAAUGACAGAGUUGAAUGCCAUCAUCGGGGUACGUGGACUUCCCAAUCUGCCGCUCACCCAGCCUCAUGCUGUCUACCCUGCUCUGAUGCAGCAGCAGCUCCAGGCUCAACACCUUUCUCAUGCUGCCCACGGACCCCCAGUCCAGCUGCCCCCUCACCUGCAGCCCCCAGGCAUCCCUCCAGUCACGGGCUCAGGGUCAGGUCUGCUGGCGCUGGGAGCUCUGGGUAGCCAGGCGCACCUGUCAGUCAAAGAUGAGAAGAACCACCAUGACCUGGAGCACAGAGAGCGGGAAUCUAGCACGAAUAAUUCAGGAUCACCGUCAGACAGCCUGAGGGCCAGUGAGAAACACAGAGGCUCUUCUGAAUAUAGUCUGGACCCGAAGAAACGCAGAGUAGAGGAGAAGGACAAUAUGAGCCGAUAUGACAGUGAUGGUGACAAAAGUGAUGAUCUGGUCGUGGAUGUGUCCAAUGAGGAUCCUGCCACUCCAAGGGUCAGCCCGUCUCAUUCUCCUCCUGAGAAUGGACUUGAUAAGGCCAGAGCGCUGAAGAAAGAUGCCCCCAACAGCCCGGCUUCUGUGGCCUCCUCUGGGAGCACCCCCUCCUCUAAAGUGAAGGACCACCCACAUAAUGACAAGUCCUCCACCCCAGGUUUAAAGUCCAACACCCCCACCCCACGCAACGACGCUCCCACCCCAGGAACUAGCAACACCCCUGGGCUCAGGCCCAUCCCUGGAAAACCACCUGGCAUAGAAGCACUGACAGCGCCUGCCCUACGUACACCAUUGUCAAUUGCGCCGCCAUAUGGGGCUCCGUUUGCCAUGAUGGGUCACCACCCAGAGAUGAACGGCUCAUUGACCAGUCCAGGUGUUUACCCUGGCCUUCACAUCUCCCCUCAGAUGAGUGCCGCAGCCGCUGCUGCCUAUGGACGCUCGCCUAUGGCGGGCUUUGAUCCUCAUCCCCACAUGCGUGCCCCUGGUCUGCCAGCAAGUCUGACCUCUAUACCUGGAGGCAAACCGGCCUACUCCUUCCACGUUAGCGCGGACGGCCAGAUGCAGCCAGUACCUUUUCCUCCAGAUGCUCUGAUUGGACCAGGUAUUCCCCGUCAUGCCCGUCAGAUCAACACACUAAGCCACGGUGAGGUGGUGUGCGCCGUAACCAUCAGCAACCCCACACGGCACGUCUAUACUGGCGGCAAAGGCUGCGUGAAGAUCUGGGACAUCAGUCAGCCUGGCAGCAAGAGCCCCGUCUCACAACUCGACUGUCUGAACAGAGACAACUAUAUCCGUUCCUGUAAGCUGCUUCCUGAUGGCCGUACUUUGAUCGUUGGAGGGGAAGCCAGCACUCUGACCAUAUGGGAUUUGGCCUCUCAGACUCCCCGUAUCAAAGCCGAGCUCACCUCUUCUGCCCCGGCCUGCUAUGCACUGGCUAUCAGCCCUGACGCCAAAGUCUGCUUCUCUUGUUGCAGUGAUGGAAAUAUUGCUGUCUGGGACCUUCAUAACCAAACCCUUGUCAGGCAGUUCCAAGGCCACACAGAUGGUGCAAGUUGUAUAGACAUUUCCCAUGAUGGCACCAAACUGUGGACAGGUGGACUGGACAAUACAGUACGGUCCUGGGACCUGAGAGAGGGACGACAGCUCCAGCAGCAUGACUUUACUUCACAGAUCUUCUCUCUGGGCUACUGUCCGAUGGGUGAGUGGCUGGCUGUGGGAAUGGAGAGCAGUAAUGUGGAGGUGCUUCAUCACACCAAGCCUGACAAGUACCAGCUGCACCUGCACGAGAGCUGUGUCCUCUCCCUCAAAUUUGCCUACUGUGGUAAAUGGUUUGUGAGCACUGGAAAGGACAACCUCUUGAAUGCUUGGAGGACUCCCUAUGGUGCCAGCAUUUUCCAGUCCAAGGAGUCAUCCUCUGUCCUGAGUUGUGACAUCUCAGCUGAUGAUAAGUACAUUGUGACAGGAUCUGGAGACAAGAAGGCCACUGUUUAUGAAGUGAUCUACUGAAUUCACUGCUUCGCCAGAUAUAAAGACCUAUGUAUGGAGCUUCUCUUUGGACCUGAUGUUUAAUGGAUUGAAGGGAUCACUCCUCCACUUUUUCCUCCUUUUAUAGUAGGAAACCCAGGUUAGGAACCGGUUGAUCCGUUGGGAUCGGUUCCCAGAUGUUUUUAUUUUUAGCACACCUGGAUUCUAGCAGUGGAGCAGUCCACUACUGAUCAAAACGGAAACAUGUUAAACUGUCCCAAGGACUUCCUGACAGCACUAAUGUAGUAAAUAUUGUCUUGCCUUUGCUUUAGGUCUGCUCACGGGAUUGUGUGUGCCUAUCUCUACCUUGCCAUCCCCUCCCCCCAUCUUUGUUCCUUCCUUUUUACAAAAAGUGAACAAUCUGUGAUUAUAAUAUGAAGCAGUGCUUCAAUUUUAGCCUCCUGCUCCCUGGACAAUUUGUUUAAAAGUGUAUAUAUGGAGUAAUAAAGACGUUUUAUAAAUAUAUAAAAUUAUAUAUAUUUCCAUGUCCUGAUAUACUUGUGAUGGGUUUCUUUGUCCUCAUGUCCUUAAUGCUUGAUGAAUGUAGAUUAGGACACACUUUUUGAUUUCGAUUUUGUAAGCACACUCUCUGGGCUGGCCAUUUGCUAAAAGGCUGGAAAAGGUGGAAAAACCCUUCCUGUUCCAGAAUAAUCUUAGUAAUUGUUUUUUUUUUUUUUUUUUUUGCUUGUUGAGCCUAUGUGCUGUUCAUUGAAAAUGGGAUCAGACCGGAAUCCUGUGGAAGUCGGAAUACGACGGAAACAGCCCAGAGGAGAGUGAGGAGAUGUUUGUAAAUUGACAGCGAUUAUUAAACUUGGAGAAUGACUAAA